AUGGACAACUCCACCACCAUGAGUUACAGUGGCGAUGAGACAGACGGCAACGCCGCCGGAUUCGCGUAUGGCAUAGGAGUUUCAGUCGGCGUCUUGGUCUUAAUAAUCAUCGUAACCCUCCUCUCCUACUUCUGCACUCGCAUGCGUUUCCCUCCAAACUACCCGUCGUUUCGAAGAUCGUCAAGCGCCAUCAGGCAGCUGCAACUCCAAAACGACGGCGCUGCAGCUGGUGGUGUCCAGUUGGGUCUUGACGACUCCGCUCUACGCAACUUCCCUCAGCUGCUCUACUCCCAAGCGAAGCUCCAUAAAAGUGAGUCAACGUCAACGUCAACGACUACGAGUUGUUCUAUUUGUUUGGGUGAUUACAAAGACACAGAUGUUUUAAGGCUGCUGCCUGAUUGUGGUCAUCUUUUUCAUCUCACUUGCGUCGACCCUUGGUUGAGGCUGCGCCCCACGUGCCCGAUUUGUCGGAACUCCCCCGCCCCGACUCCGAUCGCUACUCCGCUUGCUGAGGUUGCGCCCUUGGCUGGGAGACGAGACUGA